ACAACGCCCAGCUCGGCUACCCCAGACGGUUCCCAAUGUUUCGACAUUUCAAGGGCUGGUCUCCUUCCGACCUGUCGGAUAACCCGUUGAGCUUGUUCGGAACGAGAGCUAUAAAGACUGGGCCAGCUCUUAUCUUCGUCCCGCUUGCCUGGCUCACUUAGAACUCGGCUUUCCAGGGACCCUAUUUCGCUGCAUUCCAAUCCGUCGCACAGAAUGGCAACCACCUCGGUGGCUGACGAGAAAGCCAUGUCGGGCCAUCAAGAGAACCUGAAGCCGGUCGACGACCCUACACAAUUUGCCCACCGUGGUCAAGCUGCCACGGAUCAGUACGGCCAUGCGCUCUUCGAAUUCGAUAAGAAGGCCGAGUCGAGGCUGCGCUGGAAGAUGGAUUUCUAUCUCCUCCCUACUGUCGCGCUCCUCUAUCUAUUCUGCUUCAUUGAUCGUGCAAACAUCGGAAACGCCCGCCUCGCAGGAUUCGAUACAGACCUGGGUCUCAAGGGAAAUGACUAUAACAAGGUCCUAUCGAUAUUCUACGUCUCCUACAUUCUCUUCGAGAUUCCAUGCAACCUUUGCUGCAAGUGGAUGGGGCCGGGCUAUUUCCUUCCCCUGAGCACGCUCUGCUUUGGAGCCGCCAGCGUGGCCACAGCCUUCGUUGACAACAUCCAAGAGGCCUCUGGAGUCCGAUUUGUGCUGGGAAUUUUCGAAGCAGGCAUGCUCCCGGGUAUCGCGUACUAUCUCAGUCGAUGGUACCGGCGCAGCGAGCUGGCUUUCCGUCUUGCUCUAUAUAUCGUCAUGGCACCGCUGGCCGGAGCUUUUGGCGGCCUUCUCGCGUCUGCGAUCCUGACGCUGGAUCAUUUCGGCAGCCUGCACACGUGGAGGAUGAUCUUCGCAAUCGAGGGAAUCGUAACUUGCGCGCUCGGCCUGAUUGCCUUCCUCACAUUGACCGAUCGGCCCGAGACUGCGCGCUGGCUCAGCCAAGAAGAGAAGGAUCUGGCAAUUGCACGACUCAAGUCCGAACGUGUUGCUACUACUGAGGUCCUCGACAAGAUCGACACCAAGAAACUGCUCCGCGGCAUCUUCAGCCCCGUGACGUUGUCCACAUCGUUCAUCUUCCUCCUCAACAACAUCACCGUCCAGGGUCUCGCCUUCUUCGCCCCCACAAUCGUGCGGACGAUCUACCCGGACGCCAGCGUGGUCAGCCAGCAGCUGCACACCGUGCCCCCUUACGUUGUCGGCGCCUUCUUUACCCUCCUCUUCCCCUUCCUCAGCUGGCGCUUCGACAAACGCAUGCCUUUCUUCAUCGCUGGCCCACCCCUUAUGAUGAUCGGCUAUAUCAUGUUCCUCGCCAGCUCCGACGCGAUGACGCGCUAUGGCGCAACCUUCUUGAUCGCCAGCGGAGCGUUCGCGUUCGGCGCCCUCUGCAACGCGCACGUCAGUAACAACGUCAUCUCAGAUACGGCGCGGUCUGCCGCCAUCGGGACGAACGUCAUGUUCGGCAACAUUGGUGGGUUGGUUUCGACCUGGUCAUUUUUGCAGUUCGAUGGGCCGGACUACCAUAUCGGAAAUGGCCUGAAUCUGGCCACGUCGAGCAUGUGCUUGAUCCUGAGCGCGCUGCUCUGGAUGUGGAUGAAGUGGGAUAACAAGAAGCGCGAUGAUACCGAUGUCGAUGCGGCGUUGGAUGGGUUGACGCAGAAGCAGGUGCAGGAUCUGGACUGGCGGAAUCCGGCCUUCAAGUGGCGGCCUUAG